CCCAUAUCAUAGAGACAACCAUUCCUUCUUUUCGAAUCUCAAGCGACUUGGCCACAGAUUAUCAUGGCGCAACGAGAGGAUGACUCGGAAGAUGUGUCCUAUAAGCGAGCAGUCCAUCAGAGCGCUCUGAGUCGGCCUUCACGUCUGAGUAGUCACGAGAAAUCCGGCAUAGUCUCAACCUUCACUGCUGUGAUAUGCGAUCCAACAAAGACCACAAGGUAUAAACGCCAUCUUACAACGGAUUCCGAGUCUAGAGACGAACUGGCUAAACGCCCACGAGCCGAAAAGACUCCUCUUCGCAAGCAUGAGCGGUUUUGGCUUGCAGACGGAAAUGCUAUAAUUGAACUUGACGGUAUAAACUUCAGGGUGCACCAAUCAUGGUUCACAAAGCAUUCAAAACGGAUUGCAGCCAUACUUCCCGACCAAGGAACGCAAGGCAGCAGACUCGAAGAGAUUACACUUGAUUUUUGUGGCGUGCUUAAAGCAAUAGAUUUUGAGGCACUGCUUUCAUUGUAUGAAAACCCUGGCGACUACCGCGAUUACAUCGAGACCCCAACACUCAUGUCUCUUAUCCGCGCAGCGGCGAUACUCGGUUUUGACAACGAUCGUACAUGGCUCGUGAGGGAGUUGGAAGCGCUUUGGCCGUCUAACCUUGGAGAGCUAUUUGUCAACCCAGAACCACGCCUCGAUGCUCCAGAGGUGGCUUGCCUUGCACGGACGUGUGACAUUGAUUCGCUGUUGAAGCCCGCGUUCUACGAUAUGGCAAGAGCACCUGGAUUCGGUCUGGACAGGUUGGAUGAAUCAGAGCAGAUCGGCCGUGCGGAUGUACUACGCCUUGUUCGGAUGAGAGAGUAUCUGAGCGGAAUGUGGGCUCAGGUAGCUGCACAUGAGGAUCCUACCUUUGUUUGCCAAAACCUCCAGGCUGCACCAUCUAGCAAUGACGAAAGACCCUCAGGUUUAUCUGCAAAUACCAACGGGAAGCCUGUACUUUGCCCUACCCCCUCUGCUAUGGAUAGCCACUGCCUCUCGGCGACGGCACGACGCGAGGCAUGGGUUCGGCUUGUUCACUACUCACAAAUUUUUGCCCAAUAUCGGUACGACCCACUGCGCGGACUAGCAGCGUUGAUAAACAUCACGUGGACCGAUGAAUGGUGCAGGGAUUGCGUGGAGAAAAGGAAGGCUGAUUGGCAUAAAAUGCAGAGGAGAAUCUGGGAGAUGGUUGGUGAGUAUUUAAGAGAAGAAUGACCAAUGGAUGUUUGUUGGGGUUUUUUUGUGGUGUGGGGUUUUGUAAGUUACCUUGAUCACCAAGUAUCUUGCACCUCCCGUGAUUCAAAAUUUCGCACAACCAAGAAACAUUUCUCCUAAUUGUCUUGCUAGAGUUGCGGUGAAGUUCACCAGCUUUGUACUUGAAUUCGCGUCAGGAUAGAAAGGAUUUGGACCGGUGUUUAAAGGCGUGCCAGGACUAUUUGUCGUACAAGUCCAGGAAGUUAGUAUACAGUUUUAUUAAUCUCCAUUUCGUCACUUCAUUAGGCUCUCCGCUGUUGUUCACAUGGCCUUUCUUUCCCCACCAUUUCAAACUCAGGCUGCUUGGUACAGUGCUGUCGACAGUAUUCACACAUUGAACAUUUACCUUACCUGCUCUUUCAGCAUCUAGAUCUGGUCAUCCGUGUUUUUCUGCUCCCCGAUUAUUUAAUACUCCACUUAGC